AUGUUUCCUGUAGGAGGAGUUCACAUGAACUUUGAUGUUCUUACAAUUCAAACAUUAAGAAGAGAAAUACUGAGAGGAAAUUCACCAACAGAUGAAUUACUAACAAAAUGGGGCCACCAAAAUCAUACAAUUUUAGAACUAUUUGUACUUUUAUCAAAAAUGCAACAUUAUCAAGCUAUGUUGAUAAUAAAACCAUUUGUAGAUCCAGAAUAUCAUAAAUUAAUAUACGAAGGAGAACAAAAUUUAAAUAGAUUAUUUAAAAUUGAUCAAAAUUCAAAAAAUGAUACUACAAAUAGACUUGAUCAAAACACUUCACAAUGUCGACCACAAAAUGAAAAUUUAAAUGUCGACUUGGCAGAAAAUAAAAUAAUUAAUGGACAAGAUCCUGGUUCUUCUGCUGUAAAUGAUUUUAAAAAUUCUAGAAAUAAUGCACAAACUGCUCUCUUAAACAGACCCCUUUCUGAUACUCCAAUGGGAUCAAAUCAUCAAAAUCAAAUACCAUCAAAAUUUUUAAAACCAGAUUCAUCGAAAGAUAAAAAUGUUUCAGAAAUCUCAUCAAUAGCAGAAAGAGUGGGGAUAUUGCCUUUUAUUACAUUCAAAGAAUUGGAAAUAGCCACAGGUGGUUGGGAUCCUUCUACAAUAUUAGGGAAGGGGGGUUUUGGAACUGUAUAUAAAGGUACAUGGAAAAAUACACUAGUCGCAAUUAAAAGAACAAAAAAUUCAGAAACAGAUGAAAAUCAUUCCAUACAAAUCCAACAAAUCCUUGGAGAACUUAAAAUGCUCAAUUCAUAUAGACAUGAUAAUAUAUUACCUCUAUACGGUUUUAGUAUGGAUGGCGAAGAUCCCUGUUUAAUUUAUCAAUUCAUGCCUAAUGGUUCUUUAGAAGACCGAUUAUUAUGCAGGCAUGGAAGUAAACCUUUAACAUGGAGUCAGAGACUUAACAUAGCUACAGGAACAGCUAGAGGCAUUCAAUUUUUACAUACGAUCGGUGAAAAACCAUUAAUUCAUGGAGAUAUUAAAAGUGCCAAUAUAUUACUCGAUUUAAAUUACGAGCCUAAAAUAGGAGACUUUGGUUUAGCCAGAGAAGGGCCAUAUAAUCAUUACACUCAUAUGAAAGUGAGUAGAGUUCACGGAACGCGACCUUAUUUGCCAGAUGAAUUUUUAAGGCAUAAAAAAUUUUCCACAAAAGUUGACACGCACAGUUUUGGAAUAGUACUUUUCGAAUUAGCAACUGGACUAAGAGCUUACGACGAGCAAAGACAUCACAAAUUUUUAAAAGAUUUAGUAGAAAACAUUCCAAAAGUACAAUUGGGAACUUUAAUCGAUAGAAAAAGCGGCUUGGAUGAACAACAGUCGUUUUUGAGUUUAAUUGCUUUAGGUAAAUGUUGCGUUAGUAGAAAACCAAAAGACAGACCGGAAAUGGUUGUUGUUUUGCAAGAGCUAAACGCAAUAGUAAUGAAAAGAGAUAUGUUGGUGAAAGUUCAAAGUGCCGUGAAACAGAAUAGUGCGACUCCAUCUUCUCCUUUUGAGAUGCAAGCAUUAUAUGAUAUAAUUAGUCAACAAAAAAGAAUUUCGCCAUCUACUUCAAAUGCCAUUAAUGUUAGACCCGUGACCAAAUUAAUGCCAUCUUUACAACAAUAUUCUCCGGAGCCACAAGGCGUCACGUAUGCUGUUUCUCCCGAAGGUUUAGGACAAAGCCCGAAUUUCAAUAAUUACACAAAUAAUAAUAAUGUUAACCUUAACAAUCCCUUUUUACCCUUGGAUAACUCUAAAGUGGAUAAAUUAGACAUUCCGAAAGCAAUAUUAGUAAAUGCUGAAGAAGUUACCGAGAAUAAUGGUUUGAUGGAAGGUGCCGAAGAAAAAUUACUUUCAAAGACCAUCUACCAAAAUUUAAAAGGUACCUCGCAAAGUAAAGAAGAACUUAAACGUGUUGCUCCAGCUAUUUCAAUUUCUCCUCCCACGAAUUCUCAAGAAUCACCCCCAUCGGCGUCUGGAAUCAAGGAAGGACAAGGCAACAACCCUUCAGGAGAAACAGAGGAUCUUCUCGAUUACGAAUACACAUCAGACAUAGAAAACUUUUUACCCCUUAUAUCAGUUCUCGGGGUGAAAGGGAAAAACGACGAACCGAAAGACAGCAAAUCAAGCCAAGAAAACGUAUCGAAAGAAAACGAAGAACAACAUUCUGACGUGAAUACUAGUGCCAAAGGAAAACCCCUGUGGAUUUUAAACGAUUAA